UAUAAAAGGGUCUACUUGACACCCCUAAGAAGACAAGUCAGUUGUCUUGCUGGCAUCAUGCACGGUCUGCAGAAACUUCUGCUUUUUCAUGUUCUGACAUGUCUUGGACAAAAUGCACUUGGGAGUGAAAUCAUAGAUGGGGAAAAAGCCCCGGAGAACUCGCUGCUGUAUAUGGCCUCGCUGCAGGACAACAUGACUCAUUUAUGUGGAGGAUUCCUCAUCAGUAAACAGUUUGUAGUCACUGCUGCACACUGCAAUGAUAACUUGGCCAGAAAACCUACACGUGUUGUUCUUGGCACCCAUGAUCUCAAGAAGGCUGAUAAAACAGUGAGACUCAUUGAAAAGAAGUGCAAAUACCCAUCUUAUGAGAAUGUCGGAACAGGGAAUGACAUCAUGCUCCUCAAACUGUCUAAAGAAGUUCAACUGGACAGAAGAAUUCAGCUUAUUCAACUUCCCAGUUUUGAAAUGAACAUAAAAGACAACGAAAAGUGCAGUGUGGCUGGAUGGGGUUUGACUAGAAAUGGUUCUACAAAUGAGCUGAGAGUGGUGGAUGUGUCUGUCAUUAACCCGCAAGUCUGUGAAGAGCAAUGGCCUGGUCUUCCUGGCAAUGUUAUCUGUGCAGGAGGAUAUAAAACAACCAAAGGAUUCUGUCAGGGUGAUUCUGGCGGUCCUCUGGUGUGCAACGGGACGGCAGUUGGUGUCGUGUCUUUCAACAAAAAUACCAACUGUAAAUACCCAAACGUACCCAACGUCUAUACAGACAUAUCAAAAUACCUGCCCUGGAUCAAAAAGAUUCUCAAGGAAAAGAAUUGUUAAAUGUAACAAUCUUACACAAAGAUUUGCUUCAGCAUUCUUUCAUUGUAUUUGAUAGGGGCAGUUGUGUCUGAGUCGCUCUGUCAGUGUUUACUCUUUAAUGCAAAGGCAAAAUAAAUGUUUUUUUCAAA